UGGUGUUGAAUUUCAGGAAGAUGCAGAGUAAAGUGUGCUUUGAAAUGUAAAACUGCGUUUUUGACUCUGCAGUUGCCACGAAAUCGACAAGUUGGAUUUUUUCCUGGUCAAUUUCAGCUCCGUCGCAAGUUGGAAAAUGGGUUCGAAAUUAACGAGAGGUGGAGGUGGAGGCGGUGUUAGCGGUCUCAGCCCGCAGGAGGAGUGCCCCAGAUCGGCGUCUGUCCAGGAAUUCUCCUCGGUGUCCCCGGCUGCUCGUCACACAGUGCCGCCUGUGAGCAGAGAGCGGCGCGUUGAUUUCCCCCUCGCUUCCCUGAUCCUGAAACCCGAGCGGCUGUCUUUCCAGAAGACGGCCCCAGCUCCAUACGUCCGUAGGGUGGGGUGGAUCAGGGAAAUUCAGGCACUACUCCGGGAACAGAGAGCCGAACAGGCGGUCGGGCUGCUCAGACUGCUCCGCAAGGAUCUGGGUCUGGAAGGCACAUCUUUAAACGAUGUUCUCUAUAAACACACAGCCUUCCCCAACUUGGUGGACCCCAUUUCUCAUGACUUGUUAAUGAGCCUGGUCCACGAUAUCCAAUGUCCCAAGAAGGAAUUGGAGCCCCUGAAGUCUUCUGAAAAGCUUUGCCGACAGCUCAUCUAUCACCUGACCCCACACUCCAAGUGGCACAGACAGACGAUAUCCAGGCACAAGUCACAAGCCUGCUUAAAGGCUGCACUGCAAAAGAACCUCACUAAUGACUCCUUGAAUCUAUCGGGAAUGCCACUAUCUCCCAGGGACAUUCACCGUGUCGCCUACUACUUGCAGCUGAAUGGAGACCAUCUAACCUCCAUCGAUCUGAGCUUCACUGAGUUGUCUGAUGAUGGCCUACACCUUCUGUUGCCCUUCCUGGCAGCCCUUCCGAAACUAACCAACCUGGCACUGAAUGGAAACCGCCUGACCCGGCUCAUUCUCAAGGAAAUGACCGAGAUGAUGAAGGAGCCUAACAAGUAUCCAGCGCUGUCCUGGAUCGACCUGGGAAACAAUGCGGACAUCUGCUCCAUGCCCCAGCCUCUCCUGGUGGGUUUGCGCCGGCGCUGCAGCCUGCAGGGGGCACUGCCUACUAUCCAGGAGUACACAGAAGGUCAGUCCAAUGACCAGGAGAUGGAGCAGGAGGAGGGGGUCAACCAAUCAGAAGAGGAUGAAGACAGCCCUUGGCCCAUUCUGCAGAGGGAAAUGGGGGCACAGGGAUACUGUCAGAGGUGAUUGUGUGUUAAUGAGAGGUUUGAAUCUUGAGAAAUGUGUUCAAUAAAGAGGGACUCUGAAACCAGUUUAGGCUUCAGCCAGUUGUUAAACACCUGGCCAACUGAACUGCCAUUAUUUGAAAGCGUGCCGCAGCAAAGCACCCAUAAAUCCCUUCAAUUUGUCCAUGAGCGAAUUAUGCAUCAUAUGAUCGAUGGGACACCUUUGAGCAAGGCAGGGUUUCAUUGGAAGAUGAAGCUGAAGAAACUCCAUCCUUGUUGGCUGAUCACACCAAUUCCUUUAAGAAAAGGAACAAAAGUUGACUUUGAUGCAAAAUCUUUCCAAGGGCUGAUAAAGGAAGACAUAAUGUCAAAGUGGGCUGAAGUGACAUAAUAAGAUUUUAUGCAGGAAGCUGCUUCCAUACUGGUGUUGGCCAGACAUCCAAUGGUAAUCGCAAAACUAAAGAAAUAUUAAAUUGACUCAGUGUGUUGUGUAGUGUAAAACUGUCAUAUGGCUGGAGGAGCACCCUCACUAUAUCUAAACAUUGUCAAAUUCACUGAGACUCACUGUGGAGACAUCAAAAACAGUCAGAUGUGAACUCGUGUGUGUGUCUGUAUACAUGUGCGUGUUGCAUAUGUGUGUGUGUAUGUGCAUGUGUUUGUGCUGUCUAUGCAUGUGUGUGCUGUGUGUACAAAUACAUGUGUGUACUUGUAGGUUUAGUUAUCCAUGUAUCUUUCCCCCUUCCCUUUAUCCUGCUCCUAAUUAAAUGUCAUGUGUCUGUAAUCUCUUCCUGUUCUGAUGAAGAGUCUGGUGUUUGGAAUGUUAACUCUUCCUGCUCACUCCACAGACACUGAAUUAACCAGUUGAGUGUUUCCAGGUCUCCCUGCUAAUUGUUUCAGAUUUCCAGCACCUGCAGCUUGUUGGUUUUCCUCUGUGUGUAAACUGACUUGUGUGUUUUGGCUAACUCAACACUGCUAUACUGUAACAGUACUGAUCUUUUCAGUCUUGAAGGCACAUAGCUCUGUAACGUGUCCCAGUUGCUCAUGCACAGAGAUCAGUGAUUCAAGCUGCCAAACUUCUCUCCUAACUGUGUUUGACAAUUGUUUGCUUGUUCAUUUGUUUUCCCAUUUUCAGUUUUGCAAAUGUGUGCAAUUCUUUUUUUAAAACUUAGGUUUGAAAGUUCAGGGGUCAACGCUAUGAUUUCAGUCUCCUGACAGUUUCCCUCACAUCAGCAAUUGGAGUGAGGAGUCUGAGCAACUUGAAAAUCAUGACGGCUGUAAAUCCAACACAUUGACAUGGGCCAGGACAUCAGGGCAACUCCCCUGCUUUCCUUCCAGUAGUGCCAUGGCAUCCUUAGGGGACAAAUGGGGCCUUGUUCUCAUCUGAAAGACAACAUCUCGGACAGUGCAGCACUCCUUCAGUAUUGCACUGGAGUGUCAGCCUGGAUCAAGUGCUUAACUCUCUGGAGUGGGUCUUGAACAAUUCUAGGACCCCUAACUCCUGCUCUCGUUGCGUGAAGCUCAGUAUCGGAAAUCCUAAAUCAUAGAAAUUUACCUCCAAAUUCUGUCAGAAUGAAACUGGGGCUUCCAAAGUAAAAACUCAUCAUAAUUCUAACAAAGAUGGUCAUAUGUUGCAACUUGGGCAGAGGCUGACUUUGGGAAAGGGAGGAAGGUCUUCUUACAUUGAUAGAUAUUUGUUGGAUAAAGGUUUUAAGGGGGAAUAGAGCAAAGGCAGGGAAAUUGAUUUGAUAUUGUAAAAACCAUGAUUGAUCUGAACGGCAGAGUAGGCCUGAGGGGCUGAAUGGCUUUCCUAUAUUCCCAACCCCUGCCCCACCCAUGAAGCCAAAUUCAGUCUCCUUCUAACUUAAGAACAACAGAACUGCAUAAGGAGGGAACAGCCAUUGUUCAAUAUCCUUCUCAUCAAUCAGUCCCACCAGUCCUAAUCAAUUCCCCUCUGAAUAACCAUAUCCAAUGCUUGAACUCUCAGACAAGAGAUCAUUUUGAGAGAGCACAGAGCAUGAGUUGAUGAUUCAGGUGUGACUCGGUGGAUCACAUUCUCGUUGCUGAGUUAGAAAGUUGAGAGUUUGAAUUAUGUUCCGCAGACCUGAGCACAACAACCUAGACUGGUGCUCCAGAGCAGUGCUGAGGGAGUGUUGGUUGCACCGUUGAAAAUAUUAUCUUUCUGAUGAGGUGUUAAAGCGAUGCCUCAUUGGCUCUCCUAGGGAAGUGCUGAAGAUCCCACGACACUAUCUGAAGAAGAGCAGGGGAGUUCACCCCAGUGUCCUGGACAAUUUUUAUCACAACAUCACAAAAAUAAAUUACCAGAUCAUUAUUGCAUUGCUGUUUGUGGGAGCUUGCUGUGCAAAAGUUGGAUGCCACGUUUCCUACAUAAACAGCCCAACAGCAUUUCAUUGGCUAUGAAGUUGUUUGGGACUUCCCCGAGGAUGUGAAAGACACUAUGGAAAUGUAAACCUUUCUUUCUUUCCUUUGUUUGUAUUGCAGCGUUACAUGGAGACAGAACCUCCCCGAACUACCCCCUUUACCACCCACUUCAAAGCCCCACUUCCCUGACAUCUGUUAUUACUGCCUGGGGGGAUGGCCCUUUCGCCCCAGAUUUCCCUUCUCCCUCCUGACCUUCUCACAGUUCCACCUGGAAUCUGAACGCUUCAUCAUAGAGCAGUUUGCCUGUUUCAGUUCUGUGAGUUCUGCCUUGAAAUCUGGUUGAAUCCAGAAAAUGCUGUGUGAUUAAUGGCUUCAACAUUAACCAUAAACUCCACCCUUGGUACUAAACUUUUAACAAUCUCACAAUGUGUUGGAAGCCAUAUUCAGAAAAGAAAUGAGUCAGCGAGCCAUCAAUAUGCAGACCUUCCCAGUGCACAAGUUCCAGAGCCUAGGAGUCAACCCCUUGCACCCUCACCCAGCCUGGCGUUGGUAUGUGUGAAGGUGAACAUGGAGCGAAUUACCAGAUACACAAAAGAGAAAGCGAUAGGUAGAUUUAACCUCCUCUGCUCUCGGAAGGGAUUGGCAUUGCCAGAUUCUGGCAAGUUACUCUACUGUUCAUAAGGUGAUUGAUUGUAUUGUUCCUGUUCCAUCUAAGUGAGCAGGGCUGUGGCAGAAUAUGGUGUAAUAGUGGACUGAGUUGUGUUUUAAUAAAGCACAAUAUGACUUUCAUUGUCAAUAACAGGACACUGACCCCUGUUUUCCUCACUCAUUGAUGUUUUAUUCCAUUGAUGCUGCAAUUCCCAAAGAUGGCAAAAAUGAACCACUGCAUUAUACACUGUACAAGCCAGGUAAGUCUCCACCCAACUCUGUCUGCUUACUUAAAUAGACUGACAUUUGGUGGACUGCACAAACAGCUGUGCCAACCCCUGGAUUAAUGUAUCUCUAGCUAGGCCAGCAUUUAUUACCCAUCCCUAAUUGCCCUUGAGAAGGUGGUGGUGAGCUGCCUUCUUGAACUGCCGCAGAUCAUGUGGUACACCCACAGUGCUGCUAGGGAGGGAAAAGGCAAUAUUCUGCUAUAUCUGCAAAGAACGCUCAUUUUUUUCCGUUGCCUCUCGGGUCUUGCUGUUAAUGGGUGUGCAGUGGAAGCAGGAUGUGCUAUAAAGUUGUAGCCCCUCAAUCACAUCAUUGGCAAGCCAAGUACUGAAUGCAUUAGUGAACCGCACAAACCCACGGAGUUGUUAGAGUUGAUCCCUGGUCUGAGUUGAGCUAACCAGUCUCUGCUGGCAAGCUGCAACUGCCACCCAUGGUUUAAGGAGGGGAACAUUUAGCCUAGGCUUCAAUGCCUGACUGUUAUCCACUGACUUCUGACUCAUGAACUUGAACAUAAAGAAUAAUUAUUUGAGACUGUGGAGUUGGCCGUGUGAUGGAUCAGUACACUAACCAGCUGCUGUCACUUCAGAGAUGAGUAGGAAGAACGUGCGAGAGAUAGUCACAUCUGUUCAUUAACUUGAUUUUUUUCAGUUUUCUCUGUACUCUGAAAGUUCCCUCUUACCUUUGGAGAAGCAAAUAAGCUGCACUAUUGGUCAUUCAUCGUUAGCCUAAUAUUCUCCAUGUGCACAUUGCUCUGUCAGUUAGAGUCUGUGGAUUUAUUGAAAAACAAAAAAAUCACAAAAAAUCAACUAAAGAGAGAAGGUCACUUCAUACUGCUGUAUAGCUGGAAUCCAUUAGCCAUUGUUACACUGUCAGGAACCUGGGCUGAUAUAAGCAGAGCCUGUGUAAUAAUGUUAAUGUCUUAAUGUGUCAUUGUAUUUCU